AUUCUACGUGAGAUUUCCACAGUCUUAGGCCAUCGUCCCUGACCUCUUUCCAACAGUCGGAUACUUCCUUCAUAUGCAAAUCAACGCGCCAUCGCUACCUGUCCACCGUCAAAACAAUCAGGCAUGAUGAUCCAUCAUUGGCUGCGACAAGAAAGAUAUCCCAGGAUGCAAGUAUUCCGAUCUUUAGCCAGGCUUACACGCCCGAUCGUCACAUUUCAAAGGACGAAAGUCACCAUAUCCAACGAAGACCACAAGCUCAGACAGUUUAUUAUAUACCACCAUGUGGAAAGAAUCUACACGGACCUCAAAGAGCUUGGUUACCAUGACAACGACCCCCUGAAGUUGACAGACCUGAUAAAGCUGGACCAGUGGCACUACAACGGCACGGAACCUGUGGAUGCCGCCAUCAAGCUUCUGGGGAUCAGGGAAGGUGCUCGGGUACUUGAUGUAGGCUCCGGCAUUGGUGGCCCAUCUAGGUACCUAGCGCACAAAGCCAAGUGUCACGUGACAGCCUCGGAACUUCUUCCUGACAACCACCGCGUGGGGCAAGACCUGACUUCACGCUGUGGCAUGACGGGAAGCGUGAAGCACAUUUGCGGUGACAUCACUACGACAGAACUGGGUAAAGAAGAGUUUGAUCACGUGGUGAGUUUUCAGGCUGUCUGCUAUGUGGAGGACAAACGCAGGCUGUUCCGUCAUCUGUCCAACUCCCUGAAACCAGGGGGAACCAUGUAA